AGGAGGCUAUGCCACUGGGCCUUUGCGGAUCUCCUCUAGUUGUGGACACACUGCUUAGCGGCAGCCUGCGGCUUACUAUGCCUGGAGUCACUGCACAGGAGCUGGCAGUAGCGAUUCGAGCUGCCUUGUCACAGGCCCUGGGCAUUCCUUUGACCAGCCUCUUCGUUACAGUCACACCCGUGUCUCUUCGGCGGCUAGCCGAAGAGCGACGUCUGAGUCAAAGCUGGCAGGUGACCUAUCAGGCCUCCAUCAGCAAUUCAUUGGCUGCCUCAGUUUCAGAGAAGAGCAAUCUUUUCCACGCACAGCCAGCGAGCUUUGCAGUACAUCUUUCCGUUCAACUUGUGACAAUUGGCGUUGAUCCUGCUGGACUUGUAAUCGAGGAGCAACUUGAGAUCAUUUCACUCGUGACCAACAGUAACAAGACGUCUAUGAUGGACAACCUCACGAGCGGAGAGAUGAACAUAUCAGAUUCCGAAGACAGUGAUUCAAGGGUCUUGAGGAGUGAAGAUUCUGACUACUCUGACUUCGACAGUUCCAAGGAUAUGCCUCGGCGGCUUUCAUCUCAGGAGGUGAACCUUACCGCCUGGUGUCGUGGAGCUCUUCUGGGGAACGUGUCAGCAGGAAACAGUACCUUCGAAGUGCCACCAGACCUGCAGCUCUCUCCUUACAGUUACUUCGUGGUGUAUGCGGCAUCUGCCUUGCAAGAGCAGAGCACGCCAGCUUUUGUCAAGGUUGCAGACACCAGCGCUAGCGUUUCCGCCUUGCACUUUCAGGGCAAGGAUCUGGAUGUGGAUCAUUUGGGCGGAAAUCUCACAUGGCAACUCCCCUUGAAUUUGGACUUCGUAUCUUCAUAUGUGGUCUACCUGGCAGAGAGCGCAUUCGGUGCUCAACGCUCACAACUGGGGCAGGAGUUACCACCAGAGAGACGCUUCCAGGAGGUGCCUCCUGACACACUUCGACUGUCCUUCAAUCACUUUACUGUUUUUGCCAAGUCCCCCUUGGCAGAACAGACCACUCCGGCGUCCUUGGCUUUCUUCGAUGAGUUUGCCAUGGCAUCGAACAUGAGCUUCACAGACCUCGAUUUGGAUGCCCUGGAGAUCGGGGGCAAUCUCAGCUGGUAUCCGCCAGAAGAUGCUAGCGAGGUCACGGAUUAUUUGAUCUAUCUCGCUGAAGAUGCACAAGGAAGCAAUCGGUCCCUUGUGGGCGUUGUGCCAGUGGGAAUUCACGACCUGGCCAUUCCGGCAGAGACGCCAUUGGCUUCUUUCACCCACCUGACAGUGUUUGCCAGAUCAUCUCUGUCGGAGCAGACAACCCCCAUGAGCCUGCCCAUUGUGGACAGCGUCGCCAGCGUCUCUGAAGUAAACUUCACUGAUCUCGACCUGGAUGCCGGAGAUCUUGGUGGCGCACUAGUGUGGACCUUGCCUAGCAGCGACUUCGAGUUGGUGGACUCCUAUCUCCUGUACUUUGCCACAGGCAUCGAUGGAAGUGGUCGCUCCCUCUUGGGCACAGUGGGCCCGGAACGUGGCUUCCUGACGCUGCCUGUGGACACACCACUCCAAGGAUUCACGCAUUUGCUUGUCUACACCAAGUCUUCCUUGGUCGAACAGACAACCCCGGUGGGAACCGUGAUAUAUGACUUGGGUGUUUCUGCCAGCAAUUUGAGUUUCCCCGACUUUGACCUCGACGCAACUGACCUGGGCGGAAAUCUCACUUGGGCGGAGCCAGAAGAAUUGGACCUGGUGAAGUCCUACAAGGUCUAUUUCGGUGUAGCACAAGAUGAGUCCAACACAUCAGAUAGUGCUAUGGAUUUCGCUGACCGGCAAUUGCUUGGCGAGGUGUCUGUGGGUAUCACAGAACUGGUGAUUCCUCCUGAGACACCUUUGGAGAACUUCACUCACAUCUUGAUCUAUCUAACAUCUUCCCUGGCAGAGCAAACCACACCUGCAAGCUUGCCAAUCCUCGAUGUGGCCGCAAGUGCGUCUCAAGUGAACUUUACAGAUGAGGACUUGGAUGAGAGUGAACUUGGAGGUAACAUCACCUGGUCAGAGCCCCACGACCACUAUGGGCGUCUUCUUUUCUACAGAGUAUACUUCCAAUCUGGCGCUUCCCGUGAGACGUUGGACGAGGUUUUGCAAGGCACCACUGAAGUGGCUAUUCCAGCUGAAACCCCGCAAAGCGGGUUUAGCCAUGUGGCAAUAUACACGGUCUCUGCACUGAUAGAGCAGACGACUCCAUCGAUGCUGCUGAUUGAGGACACAGUGGCACGCGUCAGCAACCUUAGCUUUGAAGACCUGGACUUGGACGACAAAGAGUUGGGUGGCAACUUGACAUGGCUUGAGCCGAUCGAUAUGACGCAAGUCACAUCUUAUGCCGUAUACUUUGCUCUCUCUGCCAAUGAGUCGACUUGUGCAGGCGACGGUCCGUUGUUCGCUCGACAGUCAGCUUUGGUGCAGUCCUUUUGCCGUGGGAGCUUCUUUGCUGCGGCAGAUGCGGGCGACUUGCUCAUGGAAGUGCCACCAGAAACUGCCACAGGCGGUUUCAGUCACUUUUUGGUGUAUGCUUCCUCUGCACUAGCGGAGCAGAGCACCCCUGCGUUCCUACAGAUAGAUGACCGACGUGCCAUCGCCUCAUCAGUGAGCUUUGACGAUUUCGAUUUAGAUCUUGGCGAACUGGGAGGGACGUUGAGCUGGGUCCCUGCUUUCGACGUACACUUGAUCACCAUGUUCAAUGUCUACUUAGCCACAGAUGCCUUCGGCGCAGACAGGGAGAUGAAGCUGUCCAGCAGCAGCAGCAGUGUUGCCAUUGUGCCUGACACUCCGCUGCGGAGCUUCACUCAUUUGCUGAUCUACGCAGCUUCCUCCCUGGUCGAGCAGUCUACCCCGGGCGCGUUGCUCUUGGCAGACACAAGUGCCACAGCAGAGAAUUUGUCGCUGCCGGACUUUGACCUUGAUGAGAAGGAUUUGGGCGGUACAUUAGCGUGGGACGAGCCCUUGGACACUACAAAGGUCACCCACUAUGUGGUGUACUUUGUGAAUGCAAACAACUCCAAUGAGUCAGACACACGAGCAUACUUCGACAAUGUGUCCGUUGGAAUUGACACGCUGACCAUCCCAACUGAUACUGCACUCACAGGCUAUGGGGGCCUUGUGGUCAGCACCCACGUGGCCAUCUAUACGCUGUCGACCCUGGUGGAGCAGACGACCCCUGCCAUGUUGGAGAUUGUCAAUGCCAUUGCUUCGGUUUCUGGGACCAGCUUCGUGGACAAGGACUUGGACGCAUCGGAUUUGGGUGGCCGAAUCACUUGGCAAAACCCAGCAGAUAUCUCCAAGGUAAUUGCAUAUAACAUCUACCUGGCAGAGGGCAUGGAUGGAACAAACCGCUCUCACAGCGGAAGCAGUGCUGGAGCCAACUUCCUGGACAUCAUACCUGAUACGCCUUUGGAGUCCUUCUCGCAUAUUUUGGUCUACACCCAAUCGUCUUUGGUCGAGCAGACUACUCCAAACACAUUCCUCUUGAGCGAUGCAGCCUCAACAGUGGACAACGUGAGUUUCCCUGAUGAAGACUUGGACCGUGGGGAUUUAGGUGGCAUCUUGGAGUGGUCGCCUCCACUAGAUAUCUCUCAGGUGACUCACUACAUGGUAUACUUUGGCAAGUCUAUAGAUUCACUUGAUGAUCCAGCCACUUGUGUCACAGAAUACCUUGUGAAUGUCACAAACGACACGGUGUUGGUUGCAGUGAUAUCAGGGUCUCUUUCCUUUCAACUGGAUGGCGCGACUGUCUCGCAAGUGGAAGAGGCCGUCCGUCAGACCUUGAGCAUGUCUCUGGGAGUGUCAGUCGGGUCCCUGACGGUAUGGGUGCAAAGUGGUCGGCGCCUGAUGGAAAGGCUGCUGGCUGCAAGCUGGUCAGUGACCUAUCAGGUGGUCGUGCCCGCCGCUUCCGCCAGCAGCGUCGUCAUGGUGGCCAGUGGCUUUAGCUCUGACCUCACUAGCUUUGCCACGCAGCUAGCGCCACAGCUGGUGUCUGCAGGAGUCAGCAGCAGCGCUGUGUCUGCCUCUUUAGUCGUUUUGCAGUUCUUAGAGGUCUCGGUGGAGGUUGUUAGCUCUGAUGUGGUUCAAAGUUUGCUGACAACUACUACUAGUACUCCAGUGCGCAACAACUCCAAUGCAACUGACGACUCCGAAGCAGUAAUCGAGGACUCGGAUGAAUCGUCACAAAAUAGCUCUCGCAGACUGUCCUCCAUCUCUGUCCCCGGCAGCCUGUCUAUCUCUCAGGGAUGGUGCCGAGAGCUCAUCAUGAUGAACCUCUUGGGAGAUGACACCGUUACGGUGGCGCCUGAUACGGCUUUGGGAAACUAUACCCACUUCUUGGUCUACACAGCUUCAAGCCUGGUGGAACAGAGUACACCAUAUGCCUUGGAAGUGUUUGAUGAAUUUGCCAGCGUCUCCAACAUGAGCUUUGUGGAUUUGGAUUUGGAUCUUGGCGAACUGGGAGGGAACAUCUCCUGGUCCGAGCCCCUCCUGGUCCGCCGGGUCCAGGAUUAUCUCAUCUACUUGGCAGAAGAUGCUCAGGGUCUCGGGAGGUCGCAGGUAGAUCUGGUGCCUCAGGGACAGACACUCACAUUGCUUCCGCCCGAGACAGCCAUGAUGAAUUUCAGUUUUGUGCUCAUCUAUGCUCGUUCAGCCUUGGCCGAGCAGACUACCCCGAGCUAUUUGGCCUUGGUAGAUGAAGCACCAGUGGUCUUCAACAUCAGCUUGGAAGAUCUGGAUUUGGAUGCCAAUGACUUGGGUGGCACAAUCUCGUGGGAAACCAGCGAUGACCGCCUGGUCCGAGACUAUGUCUUUUACUUUGCACAGCCAGCAACAGCUAGCUGUGCCGAUGUCCAAGCAGUUGCCCAUGUCGCGGUUGUGAUUGGCUCCAUGAGCUUUGGCCUCGAAGGCGUUGAUCCAUGGCAGGUAGACAGUGUGAUCCAUUCUGCGCUUGCUGCGGCCCUCAAUCUGGGCACGGAUCAGGUGUUUGUCCGCAGAAGGGAGACAGGACGAAGGUUGGAGGAGUCGCGCUGGCUGCCGAUUUGGAAUCUGGAAUUCCAGGUUCUACUUCCACCCUCAGAGAUUCCAGAUGACUUCGACAGCGAGUUGACGAGGAGGUUGCAAUCUCUCGAUUCUGCAUUGGUGGCGUCUGCGACUGCUUUGACUAUUACGACCGAGCAAGUUCAAAAGGUGCCCUUAGAGAUGGCAGAUCUUCAUCCUUCUGGACGACGGUUGAUGUCCACGAGCUCUCCGAGCCUAUGUCGAUCCUUCCUGAAGAUGGUCCAAGCACCUGGUAGUGACUACCAGCUCCCAGCUGAGACGCCACUGGAAAACUAUACCCACCUGCUGGUGUACUUGCGGUCGAGCUUGGUGGAACAAUCCACACCCUUUGCUCAUCUGAUCGUGGACGUUUUUGCCAGUGUGUCCCAGAUCUCGUUUGUUGAUUUGGACUUGGACUUGGAGCAAUUUGGUGGUACAAUUUCUUGGUCUGAACCAGUGGACACAGCGGCAGUGCAGUCAUAUCAGAUUUAUUUCAACAAUUCCAAUGGCCGUAGGCACAUCAACACUUUCAGCCCUGGCACCUCUGACUUCGCAUUGCCUGCGGACACUGCUUAUGAAGGUGGAGAUCUCCUCAUUUAUACCGAGUCCAGCCUUGCGGAGCAGACGACUCCGGUGUCUUUAGGCCUCUCCGAUACGCUGGCUGCCAUCGGCAAUGCCAGCUUCCCCGAUUUUGAUCUUGAUGCCUAUGACCUCGGUGGCCAACUCGUUUGGGAUCCACCUCAAGGGGACCUGUCGAAGGUGACGCACUACAUGAUCUACAUGGCCAGGUACUUCACAGGGGAGAACGAUACAGAGUCUUGUGAUGAUGGCACUGCGGUGGAGCUGGCGGCCUCCAUUCGAGGCUCCAUGUCCUUUCAGCUACCGGGAUCUUCGGCGCAGGUGGAAGCAGCAGUACGUGCUACGUUGUUAUCGGCCUUCCCUGGUUUGAGUGAGAGCGCCCUCAUCGUCAGCGUCUCGCAACUGACAAGCAGGCGUCUCACAACAAGAGGCCGGCGCUUGUCGACGAUUUGGCACGUGUCGUACCAGGCGACGAUGCCCCUGACAGAGGUGGCAGCUGCCACCAGUACUGCCGCAUCUUUCAGUGAAGACGCCACGGUGUUUGCCACACUCUUAAAGCCACAGCUCCUAGCAGCUGGCAUCUCUAGCGCAGUACUGGACACCAGCUUCACAGUCCUCUCGUUUUCACGUCUCUCCAUGGAGAUUGUUGACAGCGCCUACCUUGCAGAACACUUUGCGGUGCUCAUGGCAGGGGCAAAUCAAAGUGACACCUCAGAUGCAGACGAGGACAGCAGCGAUGCUGGGAACCAGACGCGGCGACUGCUCGAUGAAAUUGAAAUCCAGAGGACUGGCCGCCGUAUGGAUUACAUUGCCUCGAUCUUCUCGGUCAGCUUGAGCUGGUGCCGCCGUUUUGCUGGAACUACCACAGCUGGAACCACUGCGAUGACUGUGCCGCCAGAGACAGUUCUGGGAAACUACACUCACUAUCUCAUUUAUGCAGCCUCCUCGUUGGCCGAGCAGAGCUUCCCUUUCGCUUUGCUGAUCGAAGACACCGAUGCGAGUGUCUCUUCUAUUCACUUUGACGGGCAGGACCUUGACUUCUACGAUCUGGGUGGAGAACUCUCCUGGCUGGCGCCCAAUGACACUGAGCGUGUGGAUGCUUACCUUGCUUACCUUGCCUCAGGUGCCUCAGGCCUUGGACGAUCACAGCUGGGAGAAGCACUUCCGCCUGAGGUCUUGAAGCUGCACGUUCCCGCCAAUACGCCAAGAGGCAACUUCACGCACUUCACAGUCUUCACGCGCUCGGUGCUUGUAGAACAGACGACACCUGCCUUCCUGGCAAUUCAAGACGAAGCCUCCCGGGCCAACAACGUCUCCUUCGUGGAUGAUGAUUUGGAUGAAGGUGAGAUUGGUGGAAACUUGACAUGGCUGGCACCAGAGGACUUCAGCGAGGUGGUGGACUAUGUGAUCUACAUCGCAGAGGAUCGCUUUGGGGCGAACCGAAGCCUCCUGGGCAAUGUCAGCUUUGACACUUUCAGUUUCUUGGUGCCAGAGAACACACCACUGCUCGAUCACUCGCACUUGCUGAUCUAUGCUCGAUCAACCUUGGAAGAGCAAAGCACUCCUGCAUCUGUGGUGAUCAUCGAGACUGUGGCCAGUGUGUCGAAUAUCACCUUUGUGGACCUGGAUCUCGAUGCCGGAGAGUUGGGCGGUCGGAUCACCUUCAAAGCACCAGCUUCAGAGCGUGUGGUGAGCUAUGUGACCUACUUGGCGACUUGGCGGUUUUGGUGGCGUGAAGAGGAUGGGAGUUCAAUGCUGCUGAGUUGGUCUUAA